GUAGUUUAUGCAAAAUAAAGGUAUAAUGGUCUGUGAGUGUCCAGAUACAGAAUUCUGACAGCUAAAGGGACUUAUUCACUAAUAUUACAACAUCUGCUAUAAAUUGCUGUAAGCAACACACGUGUACAGUGUAGUCAAUAGCUUCUGUAAGAUACAGGGUGCUGCAUUGUUUACCUUGCAUUUAACGUAUAUAUGAUACACAUUCUUUUUGGUAAUUCUGGUGUCUCUUUGUUAUAAUUCAGUGUGCGGCAUGGCACUAAAUCAUUUUCUUCUCUUAUUCAUCAGACUCUGUGCAGCAGAGAUUGUCUGUGGGCUGAAGUUUCUGCACGAAAGGGGCAUAGUGCAUCGGUAAGUACCACUAUCCCAUCAAUAACCUACAUUAGUAUAUAUAUAUUUUUCUGUCACAUCGAAGAAUUUAUCCCUUGAUCUUCAUCUCAUAGGUGUUACUUAUGGUUUCUCUCUUUACAGAGACUUAAAGCCAGAAAACAUCCUUCUGGACAGUGAGGGUCAUGUCCGCAUAACAGAUUUAGGACUUGCCCUGCUGAAUAUGUUCGGGAAUCAAACAGCUACCGAAUAUGGUGGAACCCCACUUUAUAUUGCCCCUGAGAUGCAGGAAGGGAAGCCGUACAACGCUUCAGUUGAUUGGUGGGCACUUGGGGUUAUCCUUUACCAGAUGGCCUUUAGUGCCCACCCAUUCAACACCCAGGAAAUAAAGGAGCUGUUGAAUAAAAAGGAGAAAAAACUGCAGUUUGUGUCAUCCGUUCUGCAUAAUGACCCAGAGUUUCCUGACUGGGUCAACUGUAACAUCAAGGACCUUAUCAGACAGGUGUGUAUGGGAGUUAAAUAGUUGGAUGGAAGAUUUACAAUAUAUAUUUGUCCAAAGUAACAAAGCAGAUGUUUGCCUUCAAAGACAAAGAAAUACUAGCUGCUCAUUGGUUGCUAUAGGUUACUAAACAUUGUGAAUGCUUUAUGUUCUGUAUUACAUUACCCCAUAUUUAGGAAUCUAUAAUAUGUGUUCCACUACUAGCGCAGAUUCAUAUUUUAUAAUGCACUUAACACGUACUGUAACUACGUGCUGGUGGGGCAUUUAUUUCAUCUACUCUUAUAAUACUAAGAUUAUUUUUGCUACUACUCUCAGGUCCGGGAGAUUUGCCCUUUCUUACUGCCCAAAAUCAGCCCUUUAUGAGCCUGUAAGAGAAUCAUACGGCAGUAAUAGGGGUAUAAAGAAUGAUAGCCAGGUCAUAUAUGAUACUGGGCUUGGAAGAAUUUUCCCAGUAAGAUUUUAUAUAUUUUAGAAAAAUGUCAUUCUUUGGAGGGAGUCUCCCCACACCUGCCCGUAAGUGUUGCAGAAGGAUCCUUAGAAAACCAUUAAACGGGAAUAUGCAUAUCCACAUG